AUGACCUUUGGCAACAGCAGCUUCUUGGUUGUUCACGAUGGAGAAUCCUCUCAGAGCUGUCCUCAGGUGAGACAGAGUCCGCCCUCAGCUUCAGUGGCCCCAGGAGGCUCCGUGUCUCUGCACUGCUCACUCUGGGAUCAACACAAGAGUCUCCUGCAGUGUCCGCCGCAGCACAGCGUGCACUGGUUCAGAGCUGGAUCUCUGAAGCCUCACACUGGAUUCACGGUCAGCGUCACCAACAGCAGCUGUGUCUUUCUGUCCACAACCAUAGAAGACUCCUCUGAGGCUGGGACAUAUUACUGUGCUGUGGACACAUGUGGACGCCUCCUGUUUGGGCCUGGGACCAAAGUUGAGACACCUGCUCCCUCAGAGCCUGUGGUGGGGGUCCUGACGGUGCUGCUGUGUGGCUGUGUGCUCCUCCUCUUCAUCGUCGUCCUCCUCAUUGUCCUGUGUGUGAGGAUGAAGAGAGCCUCAGUCUGUGCUCACUGCUCAGCUUCUUCUGGUUCUGUUGCUGGUCCAGACUUUGACGCGCCAGAGAAUAUGGGCACAAGUGCAGAUCUCCACUACGCAGGGCUGAAUUUCUCCUCCAGAAAAAUGAAGCUGAGCAGCAAGACACGAGGAGAAGAGUGUGUCUACUCCUCAGUGAGAGAAGAGCAGCUCAGAUGA